AUGAUCGUGGCUCUGAUAGCAAUAGCAUAUUUCAUUGCAAUAGCAUUUUCGGUCGAAGCUCUGGUAGAGAAGCCGACCAAGCUUUAUCCGGUGGAAAAUAUUAAGAAAUCGCUCGCUAACAAACGCAAGCCAAAGCCUACUAAGCUAAAUUGUUUGAUGAAAUUACCUUUUCUCGGUGAAAACAAUGACUUGGAUAUUAUACCAGCUUUUAGCGAGAUUGUUUCUGAUGCAGUCAUUUUCUAUGAUUUUGAGAGUCAGAUUUCAGGGAAGUUACCUCUAGAUCUGGGGAAUCUACCAAACAUUCAAAGAAUGCUUCUUAGUUCAAACUACUUGAGUGGAGAAAUCCCAAGUACAUUUGCCAUUGCUCCUCUUGAGAAGUUAACAGUCUUAUAA